CUGGAAUUAGAACUCUGAAGUUUUGGCUCACUGUGGCAGUGCCUCUCCUGUUACUGUGGUGUGAGCUGCUGCUGCUCUCUUUCUCGGUCUUUUCAUUGAGUGAAGGUGGGUGGAACAUUUUCAAGAGUGAAGCAUAGACACAGAAAGGGGUUUAGGAAGGAGGGGACACGAAUUUGCCACAGGAAUAGUUUGGCCAGAGGCAGCCCAACGCUGGCCCAGAAGGCAGAAGGACGAGAGAAUGUCCCAUCGGCUGCGGCUGUACUUUGGCGCCGGCCGCAGUAACACAGCCCCCGAACUGGAGGAGCCCGACGACGAACACAUUGAGGAUGGGACUGGGGGAGCCAUGUCAUUCCAGAUGCGACCAGGUCAGGGUAGGGUGCUCUAUGAGGCACAGCCAGCCACAGACGCCUCACUGAAGCGGAGCUCCUCCAUGUUUAUCCCACAGCUGCAGAAUUCUCCUGAGUCGCGGCCCACCAAGAGCUCCUCCAUGCAGAUAUCCCUCCAGCGUUCUAACCUAUUUGCAGACGAUGCACUUUACCAGGACUCCCCUCCAGGAUACCCAGAGGAACCUGCGCCAGCCUACACAGAGCCUAGUCCUGGCUGGAAUGCCCCACCUGAAUACUCACGUAGGGUGAGUGCAGAGCACACCCACGCCAAUACUGAGCCUGCACUUCCAAAGAGGAGAGUGUUUUGUGUGAGGCCUGGUGAUCUUCAGGAUGGAUACACUGUAUCUUCCGGAGCCACUCCUGGGAUUAGUAUCGGAGGUUUCUGCAUUAAAAGGAACUCGCCAGAUGGAUCAGAGGUCCAACAGCUAAGGAUCCUGCCCUAUGGAUCAGACAGUCAGGCUGGCCCAUGCUCCUGGUCUGUCCAGCAGAACUUGGAUGGUACCCCAGGGCCUCAGAGGCUUGUUUUUCAGCUUCAGCAGGACCAACCAAGACAGCCUGAUGUCCAGAAGGAGGCUUUUAACCUUGGUUUCGUUGGAUCUAAAGGUGGUCGUGUUGUACGGUACCCCAGGAUCCGCCUGGAAAGGAGCGCCUCUCAGCCACUUAAAUCCCAUGCCAUCCCUCGACGAAGUGGGUCUACUCCAGACCUUUUGGGGACCACCUCACAGAUGGACACCCAAAGUGAAGAUGCAUGUGAGGAUGGCGCUCAAGGCUGCACAUUUAAAAUUCGGAAAGAGCAGAAACUCAGGCAACCCCAGUUUAAAAUAUACUUCAGCCAGGGUACAGAUCAAGGUACCAUGUCAGCACAGGAUGCAAGUUUGAGAAAUGGACCUGUCUGGACAAAACCUCAGACCAGAGAUGACUUUCUUGGACAAGUUGAUGUGCCUCUUAAUCAUUUACCGACGGAGGACCCGACAAUGGAGCGACCAUACACGUUUAAAGACUUCCUUUUGCGUCCUCGAAGAUGUGGCAGUCACAAAUCCCGGGUGAAAGGGUACCUACGUCUGAAGAUGGCCUAUCUGCCAAAAAAUGGAGGGCAGGAAGAAGAGAAUAAUGAAAUGAGAGAAGAGGCAGAGGGUUGGGAAGAAUCGACUGACCCAGGCUCCCAGCGUCCGCAACAGGUUCUGCCCCCACUACCCCCUGGAUGGGAAGAGAAGGUCGACAACUUGGGCCGCACCUACUAUGUCAACCACAACAACCGCAGUACGCAAUGGAAGAGGCCAACUCUCGUCGAUGUGGUGUCCGAGACAGAGAAUGACAACCAAUUGCGGCAGAUCAACCAAGAAGCCCAUCGAGUGUUCCGCUCACGCAGACACAUCAGUGAGGAUCUGGAGAACGAGCACCUAGAGCCCAGAGAGGCGGAUGAUCAGACAUGGGAAACGAUCACAGAGGAGCCUGUUGACUCCCUCAGCCAGUCUCUGCCAGGCCCGUCCUUGGCCACGCCUGGUGGGCCGGAGUUCUCUGAGGAGAUCAGCCUCCGUCUGUCACUCACCCCGGACUCUAAUGGGGAAAUGCCAGGGCCCAGCUCUGCUGUGCAGAGCCAUCUCUCCUCCAGACUGCGUUCCUCCAGUAUGACUGAUGGGGUUAGUGAGCAGGCCCAGCCCCCCCCUCCAACGCAGAGUUCCCAGGCCAGGCGAGGCAGAGCUCAAACUGUCACAGGCGUUGAAGAGCCCAUGUCUCCGUCAGCGGCUUAUGCGCUGACCACCCCAGGCCUGCCCCCUGGCUGGGAGGAGCGGAAGGACGGCAAGGGACGCACCUACUACGUCAACCACAACACCCGCACCACCACCUGGACCCGGCCAAUUGCGCAGCACACACAAGACAGCACCAGCGGUUCGGCUGGAGCAGGGGCCAGCGGGGGGGCCACCCCGGGCACACCGGGCACACCAGCCACCCCGGGCACCCCAGCCACGCCAGCAGGCGGGGCCAGUGGCGGCCACCUAAGCGAGCCCCAGUUGCGCCGGCCCCGGAGCCUCAGCUCCCCCACAGUCACCCUCUCCACCCCACUGGAGGGGGCCAAUAACAUUCAGGCGCGGCGAGCUGUGAAAGACACUGUAUCAAAUCCCCAGUCACCACAGGCGUCCCCCUUCAGCUCACCCAAGUCUCAGCACAAGACUCCCCAGAGUUUCCUACCACCAGGCUGGGAGAUGCGGAUAGCUCCCAAUGGACGGCCAUUCUUCAUCGAUCACAACAGCAGAGUCACCACCUGGGAGGAUCCACGGCUGAAAUACCCUAUCCACAUGAGGACAAAAGCAUCUCUGGACCCUGGUGACCUGGGCCCACUUCCACCUGGAUGGGAGGAGCGAAUCCAUGCUGAUGGAAGAACCUUCUACAUUGACCACAACACCAGAAAUACGCAGUGGGAGGACCCUCGGCUCCAGAGUCCCGCCAUCACAGGCCCUGCCGUGCCAUACUCAAGGGAGUUCAAACAGAAAUACGACUACUUCAGGAAGAAGUUAAAGAAGCCGGCGGAUAUCCCUAACCGCUUUGAGAUGAAGUUGCACAGAAACAACAUCUUUGAGGAGUCGUAUCGACGCAUCAUGUCACUGAAGCGGCCGGACAUCCUGAAGGCGCGUCUUUGGAUCGAGUUUGAGUCUGAAAAGGGUUUGGACUAUGGUGGUGUGGCCCGUGAGUGGUUCUUCCUGCUCUCUAAGGAGAUGUUCAACCCCUACUACGGCCUCUUUGAGUAUUCAGCCACGGAUAACUACACGCUACAGAUCAACCCCAACUCGGGUCUGUGUAACGAAGACCACCUGUCAUACUUUAAGUUCAUUGGACGUGUGGCAGGCAUGGCUGUGUACCAUGGGAAGCUUUUAGACGGCUUCUUCAUCCGACCAUUUUAUAAGAUGAUGCUGGGGAAACAGAUUACACUGAAGGAUAUGGAGUCUGUGGAUAGUGAAUACUACAACUCCCUCAAAUGGAUCCUUGAGAAUGAUCCAACUGAACUGGACCUGCGGUUUUGUAUUGAUGAAGACAACUUUGGCCAGACAUAUCAGGUUGACCUGAAACCCAGUGGCUCAGAUUUGGUGGUCACAAAUGACAACAAAAAGGAGUACAUUGAUCUUGUCAUCCAAUGGAGAUUUGUGAACCGGGUGCAGAAGCAGAUGAACGCCUUUCUGGAGGGUUUCACUGAACUCAUUCUUAUCGACCUUAUCAAGAUUUUUGAUGAGAAUGAGCUGGAGCUUCUGAUGUGCGGUCUGGGUGAUGUGGAUGUCAAUGACUGGAGGCAACACACCGUCUACAAGAAUGGCUACUGCCCCAACCAUCCUGUCAUCCAGUGGUUCUGGAAGGCUGUGCUCCUGAUGGAUGCAGAGAAGAGGAUCCGUCUGCUACAGUUUGUCACUGGAACGUCCAGAGUGCCGAUGAACGGCUUUGCUGAGCUCUAUGGUUCAAAUGGGCCACAGCUCUUCACCAUUGAGCAGUGGGGGACACCUGAUAAGCUGCCACGAGCUCACACCUGCUUCAAUCGACUGGAUCUGCCUGCCUACGACACAUUUGAAGACUUGAGAGAGAAGCUGCUCAUGGCAGUAGAGAACGCCCAAGGGUUUGAGGGAGUGGACUAAAAGGAGAGAUCACAACUGCCUGCCACUACAACUACAACUACAGACAAAACACACAGACACACACACACACAAACACACACACACACACACACACACACACCAAGCUGCCAUUUUGCCGCUGAGCCAUAAUGGCCCGCAGGUGUAGCUGCGCAGACGUGCACGUUUCUGCAUGCAGGCGAGCUGCCACCCAGCCCUGAGACUGCUCAUAGUCUAGCAGUCAAGCAAAAGAGCAGUGCCCUUUAUGCUGGAGUUGGUGUCUGUCUCUCUGUCUGCCUGCCUGCCUGCCUGUCUGUCUGUCUGUCUGGGUUGUUUACGGCAGGCCAGAGUAGAGCAGUCAGGAGCAGAAGUCCUCUCCAUCUCGUUAAGACACGAGCCUCCGGUGCAUUUCUACUCUUCUCUUCUGCUGGAAAUGGGCAUGGCCCCGAGUUUUUUGCAUUAUUUUAAUAAAAAAGCAAAAAAAAUGAAAACACAAAGACAAACUUGCAACUACGACUUAAGCAGGUCUCACUCUACCAUAUUACCUUAGCAACACUAGCCAAGCACUGAUGAUGACAUGACCCAUGAUCAGAGUCCACUCUCUUCUCCCCAACACGCCAUGCUGUCCUGCCUCCUGUCUUUUUAAAUCUCCCUUUUGCAACGGAAGCUAUGAAGCAACAGGAUGGUCAUAAUCAUUUUUAUUGGAUUUUUAUCAUCCUUGUGGUUACUCGUAGGGAAUACUCAGAUUUGAUAUUUGUACCAAUAUGAUGUUUGCUCUUUUAGACAAUGUUAUCUGUAGGCAUGAAUCAAGCCAACAGUGAAAAUCAUCCGUAUGGAUUGCAAGAAAGCCUCAAUGACAGGUUUAUCAUAGUGCUAUGAAACUGGCAUGAACAUGUUGCUUGUGUUUGCUAUGAUUCCAUAGUAAUUGUUCUGUUUUCUCCUGCUGGGAUGUACAAGAAGGGGCGUGGUGAAGCUAUAGGAAAUGUACAUUAGUGUGUGUUGGAGAAGGAGGGGAUGUCACAGCAGAUAUAUACAUAUUAUUAUUAUUACUAUUAUUAUGAAGAUUAUGCUUAUCCAUGUCCAUAAUGCUGUAAAUUAAUUUCUUAACAAUUCUUUCUCAUCUGUAUGUAUUACAUUAGAUGGAAGUAUUAAUGAACACAUGAACGAUUGAAGCUGUGCAAGAUGUGAUGUUGAAAGCCGCAGGCUUUUUGUUUUAUUCUUUUUCACUCUCUCGAUCUUUUUUUUUCUUUCUCUCACACACCACUAAACCAAAAGGGCACUUUAUAGAUCCCAUUCUUGAUCAUAUCGGUUGUCCUGCGUCUCUUAUUAACUUGAAUGUGAUUUUGUUUGUUUGUUGAUUUCUGCUCUUGAAAGCACUCAAUUACCUGGUGCAAUACCUAAUGUCUCUACAUCUGACUGCUGCUAACGUUUUAACACACAGUCAUGGCACCCAGACUUGGGCCCCUUCCACUUAUUUUCUAGAUUCUUCCUUCAGCCAUUCACUAAACAUCAAUGUGAUCUAAUAAAUUAAUGGUAUUAUUUACAACUGUCCUCCUUUUUCUUUCUUUCUGUCUCAUUUUUAAAUGGGGUUCUUUUUUACGAAUGGGGGAAUUAUCACUUUUGUUUAAUUCCACAUCACCACAAGAUCCUGCAUUUCAUAUUACUUGGAACAAAUUAAAGUGAGACAUUGAACUCUGUAA